AUGCAACAUAAAACGUAAUUCGGAAAAAGACUGUAUUUGGUGGACUAUCAACAAAACAGUUUAUAUUUGGACACCCCUGAAAUGUCAACUAAUUUUUGCAGCGCCAAAAUAAACGUCAGUUGGUGUAAAACUCUAAAACAAUCACGGUUGAAUGCAUACACAAAUUGUUAGUCAUGGCAACUUCACCACCGAGAAGAACUUUACGAAGUUCUAAUCGAUUGUCCCUAUCAUUAACUCGCAAGAGAGGGAAAACGAAACAAGACUGUUCACAAAAUGUGCCAAAUGUAUCGUCAGCGAGUGAAACGCCGUCGAAAUGUAUCGACAUCCCGGAUAUAUCUGUUACCAAACAGCAAGUAUCGUCGGUCACCGACCAACAAACAAGUGGUUUGAAUUCCGAGCCAACUGAAACAGAGAAUACUGCUAGAAGCUGCCGAAUAACUGUAAGGAAAGAUAUGUGUUCGCCAGAAACUAUCAUUAUACUCAGUGACGAUGAAAAUAACGACGAAACUCCGUCGAAGAAGUCGAUUCGUGAGUACUUUACUCCAACAAAACAUGCAAGCAGUAGUUCUGCAACGUCGGCGAACUGCACAACUGGUAGCAAACGCAGCAAAAUUGCUAAAUCAUCUGUAAAAAAGAAUCCACCACAAAGCGCAUCGAGCAAGGAAAUCGGCAAAGUGCGGCGUAAGAUUUGUCCGAGCACCAACAUUAAAAUGCUAACCAAGAAGUACUUCGAUGAAUCGCAAAAACGAAUAACAAACUUUUUCAACAAAGAGGAAGAUCCGGAACGCAUCGGAUACUGCCGUGUGUUGAAAGAGUCUGUAAUGCCGGCGAUCAUUACCGGUGAUUUGGACGUGGGUAAAAUGCUAAGCGUAACAGUAGAUGAAAGUACUGAGCGGUUGAGCUUUUCGCAACAUGCUUCGCCUUUUACUAUACCGGAAACGACUUCAGAUAUGACCACAUCCCAAAUUAUGGAACGUAUCGAACGAGUGCAAAGUGCAUGUUACGAUCCUGUACGUGAAGACUGGAAUAUGGAACGUGUAACGUUUCCGAUUGAGACACCAGCAGUGAACAACAACAAUGAAAAGUGUUUGGAUCCCACUCUGCAUAAGACUGACCCACCCAUAAUGCAGAACAAAGCUGUUACAACCCUUCCGCGGGUGAGCGGCAUUUUCCAAACACCAAGCAACAAAGCAACACCCGCAUCAAAAGUAUCUCGUAGCAAAGAGGUGAAGAGUGGCCGGAGCAAAAGUGGCAAAAAGAUCAUUUGUCCAUCGUACAAAAUCAUAGCUGGGACCAAUUUUGCAGUCGAUGCGUUCCGUUACGGUGAUAUUGAGGGUGUAACGCACUACUUUCUAACGCAUUUUCAUGCGGAUCAUUAUAUUGGACUUAAGAAAACGUUCUCGAAGCCUCUUAUAAUGUCUUCCAUAACGGCUAGGCUUGUGAAGACUUUUAUUAAUGUGAGUGAAGAAUUUUACCAGGUGAUCGACCUCCAUCAGAGUAUCGUCAUUGAUGAUAUCGAAAUAAUAGCACUGGAUGCUAAUCACUGCCCUGGCGGUAUAAUGUUUUUGUUUCGCUUGCCAAAUGGGAGCAAUAUACUACAUACCGGGGAUUUCCGUGCAUCUCCCGAGAUGGAAGAAUAUCCUGAAUUCUGGAAUUUUUCGAUCGAUUCCAUUUACCUCGACACAACGUACCUUUCGUCGAAGUACGCCUUCAAGUCACAAUGGGAAAGCGUGGCGGAUGCCCGAGAAGCGGUAUCUGCAUUCCUGAAGAAACACAUCGGUGUAAAGGUGCUUAUCGUUUGUGGAAGCUAUCUGAUAGGAAAGGAGAAAGUUUGGCUCGAGUUAGCUACGACCACUGGAAUGAAAGUAUGGACGGAACCAAACCGAUGGAAAGCGCUGAAAGCGAUAGCAGACCCGCAACAUCUGUCACGGCUUGUGGCCGAUCCACUCGAAGCAAAUAUACACGUACUAGCUAUGAACAAACUGUCGUACGAUGAAUUGAACGAGUACAUGAAUCAGUUUCCCGACCGGUACGAAAGUGUCAUUGCAAUACGGCCUAGUGGUUGGGAGAAAAACAGCAAGCCACAGUACCGAGGACGGAUCAACAUCGUGGGAAUAGAAUAUUCGGAACACUCGAGUUUCGAUGAGUUGAAACGCUUCGUUCAAUUUAUAAGACCGCGUGAAGUGAUUAGCACAGUGCCAUAUGGAAAUUCCAAUCAAAAUCGUACACCAAUAGUGCCUGUCUCGUGGUAUCAAGGAGAAAUUCGUCCGCAAAGGAAAGCUUUGCAGCUAUCCAUAACUAGCUUCAUCACACCUGUCAAAGGAGUUGACGGAAUUAUGCCAAAUGAAGCGUCCUCCAGCUUAAAAACUCGUUCCUUAUCGCUGCACACCAAAUUAGAAAAGAAUCAUCUUAACACUGCUGGAAGUACGUGCGAAGUGGAGGUAAUCGAUGUUAAAGAUAGUGAAGAUGGGGAAAGCUUGAAAUCUGCUCAAAAAUCAGAAAAUGGAGAACUAAGCUACGACACUGAUUGGUUACCAUAACAUGAUGUAAUAAAUGCUUAGGAUGCUGUAAGGUAACGAAGAAGAGUAUUAACGCAGAAGACUAUCACGGUAAAACAUAUUUUAAAUGUUUUGUUUAACUGAUUCAAUUAGUGCUCAAUCAUUUUCAUGUAUUUUAAAAAUGAUAAACAAAGAGCAAAUUUGUUGACAUCACACGCAGAAGACAUAUUUGGAAUAUGUGGAAUAUUUAGAAUAAAGGAAAACAUUUCACAUUUAUGGCUGUGAUGCUGCAGAA